AUGCCAUCUCCAUUUAGACCAUUUGAUGGCCUUCAAUCACCUGCUGAUAAUACAAUGAUCAUCUUGGACGUCUCUGGUUCGAUGGAUUUUGAACCCGUUCGUCCAAAUUACGACCAGUACCUCAUCACCGGGUAUUCCAAGUCCACUCAGCCAAAGAAUAAAGGCAACAUGGUAUAUUUCAUCGUAUCAAUUGUUCCCAAACUAAUUGAUGUCUCCAAGGCCAUCAUCCGCCGCUUCACAGAUGCUAUGAUAAAUCACGACCACAACUCCGGCGGCUACCAACUCUACAUUGGUUUUGUCAAUCACGCAAAUUUUGAGAAAACAUGGAGAGCCAUUCACUUUGGAGGAAGAACACGAGUCAUGACAGGCUGGCAAUUGGUGAAGAACCUACACUUCCAGAAACACUCCGAGUCGGCGACAUACCAUCCGGUAUAUGGAUGGCAAGCUGGCCCCCAAACUCCUAUUCUGAGACUUCUACUGUUACUUGAUGGUGAAGCAAGUGAUAUGGAUGAAUUUGAACUUGAUCUCCUCAGUCUCUCUUGGGUGCAUGUUACAAUCUUCUUGAUUGGUGUUGAUGGAUGUCCACACCACCAUCGCCAUGCCAACGAACUGCAGAGAAUUAGUGAAAUCAACCACCAUGUUUCAUUUGUGGAUGCCCAGGGCAACACUCCAGAACGGUUUGUCACUCAUGAGUUACUCAAGCGACACCUAGGUUAUGAUAUUUCUAUGUCUGAAUUUGAGUCAAUGGAGCAGCCACCUGCUUAUGAAUGA